CGCAUUGUUAUCUCCUGUUUUCAAGUUGUAUAACUAUAAAUCGUUACUUUGAUUUUUAUGGGAACAGUAUCGGAAAAACAUUUACGCAAUACAAAAAUUGACGAUAUUGAGCCUAUGUAUAGUCCACUUGAAAAAGAAUCAGUUCCUUUAAGAAAUGAUAGCGUGGAGAGUAUUACGUCCAGACAGGAAAUCUUAAUGAAUGCUGCUAUUGUAGAAGAAGAAUAUUUUAUAGCACCGGUACAAACAAUUACAAAAACAUUAUGA